AUAAGAAAGUCUCCCCAUGCAACAGAAAAGAUGGUAGCACAUUUGAUGAUGAAGAUAAGAGUGAUAGUGAAGACCAGCAGGCAAAGGAGAAACAAUCAGUUCACAGGCAUGAUGAGCUUCAUCAUAAACUGAAAGAAGUGGAAAGCAAAAAACAAGAUUGUGAAAACAGAAAACAACCUGUUAUUGUUAUGCCGAUAAUAAUUGAUCCUUGUAAUUCAGAUGUUGACUUGCAUGGUAUACAUUCUGAGAUGCUGACAGAUGAAGGAAUUAACAGAAAGAUAAUAUCUAUAAAUCAGAAAUCAGACAUAGAGCAUCAGAGCUCAUCAGAGGAUAAUGAACAAAAUGAUAUCGAAUCAGAUUCAGUAUUACCAUCUAUACGACAAAUCAGUCUUGAAACGUGUGACAAUUCUGUUGUACAAAGAGAUAAAGAGGAUUGCCGGACUAGUAAUCGAAUCACCCAUGCAUGUAGAACAUGUAGAAUAAAGUUUGGUUGUAUUAUGAAGUUGAAAAGACAUGAGGCUAUGCAUGAAUACAGUACACUUAUACACUGUUUACAUUGCAGCACAGUCUUCCGUAAUCAAAAACUAUUACAGAAGCAUGUUAGCCAUGCACAUUCUAAAAAGAAACAUGAAAUAUAUCAUUGCCGUUCCCGUAGCCAUGUGUCAUUCUCACAAAAUGCACUUAAGCAACACCAAGAGUUGGACCACCUUGAAGGACGAUCAUUUAAGUGUACUUAUGAAAAAUGUACUUCUGCUUUUGCAGUUAAAUUUGACCUGAUACAUCAUAUAGCUGUGGUGCAUGAUAUCAGUAAACAUAAAUAUAAAUGUGAGUUUUGUGAAAGAACUUUCUUGCACAAGACCAAAUAUGAAAUCCAUCGAUAUUCGCAUGACAAAUCACUAAGUCCACAUAUGUGCAAUAACUGCAACAAACGAUUCAGUACGGCAGAUGCGUUACAAGGACACAUCGCGAGUAAGCAUGAGAAUAAUCGUCCUUUUAAAUGCAAACACUGUAAUAAAGCAUAUGCCAAGAAGUAUGCAUUGUUACAGCAUGCUAGAAGACAUACAGGAGAAAAAGUGAGCAAAUGUCAGCUAUGUGAAGAAAUGUUUGAAAAUGCAAGUUUACGACGUCAGCAUAUGAAAGAUGCCCAUGGUGUUGGCUUCUCAUGUAUAGUAUGUGGAAACAUGUAUGUGUCACAGUAUAAACUCAAUUAUCACAUGCAACAUCAGCAUGUACAGUCAAAAAAACCACUAACGUUAAUUUGUAAUGUGUGCAAACAAAAAAUGUCUACUACAAACGAACUACAGCAACAUUUAAUCACAUUUCAUAAUGUAAACCAACCAAAGAAUAGUGACGUUGGUGAGACAAGUGAACAUGUGAUGUCUGAGGGAUCUAACUUGGAUACAGGUCAGCAGAUUAUAUUGGUAGAAAGUAGUGAGAUAGAAAAUGCACUACAGUCAAAUCAUAACAUGACAACUGUUGUUUAUUUCGGUCCAUCUGAUGGGGAGUGUGGUAACAUAGAGAUAAUUACAACAACCGAGGAUGACAUUGCUCAACAGAUGAGUAGUGUAGUCAUGACAACACUUGAUGAGAACAUUGAACAGACAAGACAGGUUGAACACUCAAUAUCAACACUAAACAUAAACAUGCAGAAACAAAAGGAAUUGAAUACUGAACAUGUAAAAAUGACAGAACGUAAUCACACUGAAACAGUUGAACAAUACCUGAACACAUUAAGACCAGCAUAA